CCGGGUAUUUCUUUCCCCGGGGGGAGGGGGCGAGCGAGCGAGCGAGGAAAAAAAAAAUAGUGGAGGCCGCAGACGCGGAGCGGGAGAGAGUUAGCAUCCGUCUCCAUCCGCGCUCCUCCGUCGCUUUAUUUAUUCUUUGGUAUCGGUAGAUACAGAGCGUAGGGCCUGGUGAACGAGCCCCGAAGGAGGCACGUUUCAAGGGGUGCCUAAAGGAACCACCGUACUCAAUGACCUUCCAGCGAGAUGUCAGAUCGUUUGGGGCAAACUGCAAAGGGAAAGGAUGGAAAAACCAAGUACUCGUCACUCAACCUAUUUGAUACUUACAAAGGAAAGUCCUUAGAAACCCAGAAACCUACAGUCACCGCACGUCAUGGAUUGCAGAGUCUCGGUAAAGUUGCCGCUGCUCGGCGUAUGCCACCCCCUGCAAACCUGCCAAGCUUAAAAGCAGAAAAUAAAGGCAAUGACCCCAAUAUUUCUUUAGUACCAAAAGACGGAACAGGAUGGGCAAGCAAGCAAGAAUCGCAAGACCAAAAGAGUACCGAUGCAUCGACAUCUCAGCAGCCGGAAUCGCAGCAGCCGCCGGCUUCACAGACGUCUGGCUCCAGUCAGCCGAAACGUCCAGUAGCAGCAACAGCAGUGGUAGUAACACCACAGGAGGCCACCCCUUCAGCACAAGGCGGAACAAAAUCCUGGGCACAGGCCAGCGUUACACAUGGUGCACAAGGAGAUGGUGGAAAGGGAUCAAACCAACAGUCGCCAUUCUCUCGCGAGGAAUUUCCAACCCUUCAAGCGGCUGGAGAUCAGGACAAAGUUGGCAGAGAAAGGGACAUUGCAGAUCAGUCGUAUGGGCCCGGACCAAGCCUCCGCCCUCAAAAUGUGACCAGCUGGAGGGAGGGUGGUGGGCGGAACUUGGGUGCUCCGGGUGUCUCUUUGAUCGAGGGGGAAACCAAAGAGCUAAGCUCAGAAGAAGCAGCAAGCUCUAUAGCAUCCUCAGCCGACCCGAAAGUGCCUGCGAGGAUGGCCGAACAACCACCUAGAUCAGGGAGCGGCGUGCCCCAGCAGGCAGUUCCCCAGCCCUACCCUCCACCAUACAGGGGGAUGAUGCCGGCUUUUAUGUAUCCUCCAUAUUGUGGUUUACCGUUUCCGACACCUUACGGACCACAGGGACAAUACAGAUACCCAUCACCCGACGCCAGCAAGUUUCCUCGUGUUCCAGCACCUCGAUUACCACAGCAUCCCACGCGGAUGACUGAAGCAGUAAAGCGACCCUCCAUCCUCAAACAGGACGACUUGAAAGAGUUUGAUGAGCUUGAAAAUGAGACUGAUGAUGGCUGGGCAGGAGCACACGAGGAAAUAGACUACACUGAAAAGUUAAAAUUCAGCGAUGACGAAGACGAUGAUGAUGCUGAAAAGGGAAAAUCUGAAAAUUGGGGCGGCCAGUUGAGUCGGCCUGAACGGCAAGAGCUGCGCAACUCUGAGCACAGGAAGGAGACCCCCUCGGAUGAGCACUCGAAUGUCAAGGCAGCUCGGGGUGAGGGUCCAGCUCCUGCUGCAACUGAACUCGGGCCAGGCAGAGUCCCCGCCAACUGGGGGCCUGCUGCAGAAUACCAGCAGGCUGCGGUCCCCCAGGAUAAAGGCAACCCGGCCCUGGCAAACCAAAAGGCGCCCGUGGGUGAAGACGAGGACGAGGCCUGGCGCCAGCGGCGCAAGCAGUCGUCCACAGAGAUCUCUGCCGCGGUGGAGCGGGCGCGCAAGCGGCGCGAGGAGGAGGAGCGGCGCAUGCAGGAGGAGCGGCGGGCCGCCUGCGCGGAGAAGCUGAAGCGCCUCGACGAGAAGUUCGGGGCGUCGGAGAAGCGGCAGAAGUGUGAGCAGGAGAAGGAGGAGGUGGCGGAGGGGAAGGAGAACGAGGAGCCCGUCGGCUCCAACAAACGGCAACGCACGGCCAGCAGCAGCAGCUUUGAAAUGACUCAAGCUGAACCUCCACCUCCUCCUGAAAAGGAGACGGUUGAAGUGAAAGAGGAGACGGGGGUGGCAAGAGUGGAGUCAAAAGUAGAGGUGGUAGUGCAGGGGAGGCAGCCGCAGCCCUCGCAGGGUUACUCCAAGUACCAGAAGUCGUUGCCGCCCAGGUUUCAAAGGCAGCAGCAGGAACAGCUGCUGAAGCAGCAGCAGUGGCAGCAGCAGCAGCAGCAGCAACAACAGCAGCAGCAGCAGCAACAACAGCAGCAGCAGCAGCAGCAACAGCAUCACCACCACCAGCAGCCCUCCCAACAGGCUCCAGUGCAGCAGCCGCCUCUGCCACUUGCAAUGGCCCCGCCGUCAGCACCCAUGCACCCACAGCAGCAGCAGAAGCCCAUGUACCCGGGCUCAAUCGGCCGGCCGCCUCCGCCCCCCAUGCCCCCCAUGGGCUAUGACCCGCGAUGGAUGAUGAUGCCACCUUACAUGGACCCUCGCAUGAUGCAGGGCCGUCCUCCCAUCGAUUACUUCCCACCUGGCGUUCACCCAUCAGGUUUAAUGGCUCGCGAGCGCUCGGAUAGCGGCGGUUCUGGAUCAGAACCCUUUGACCGGCACCCGACGAGGGGCACCCCUCCUAUUGACCCCAAGUUGGCCUGGGCUGGUGACGUGUUCCCGUCAGCGGAGAUGCGGCCUAUGGCCUCGCCCAUGAGACCACAUGAAGAUGACGACAAAGGCUUGAGGUCUGUUCACGCGAAUGUUGAACUCGCUCGUUUUAGGAGUGACACACCGCCGGUCCGACAUCGAGACUCUGGGCAUCCACAGUCCUUCAUGGGCGGCCUCCAGCAGGUCCCGGACGCUGGGCCUCGCCACAUGGCGCAGAUGCAGCGCUACCCGCUGGUGGAGCGGCUGGACGAUCAGAGGCAGAGCCCCUGGCAGAACUCGCUGCCCGGCGUGCAGGCGGAGCUGGGGCGGGACAGGCGGAUGGAGAUGUCCGUCCACCUCCAGCAUGCCCAGCGCAAGGCAGACCAGGAGCCAAUGAUUACCCGCAGGGACGCUGUACAGCACCCGCAUCCGCACCCUCACCCUCACCCACACCAACACCAACACCCGCACCCGCACCCGCACGAGGACAAGAAGAUGGAGGCCCACGCCAUGCACGUUCAGCGUGAGUCCGCGCAGCUCUCCGCUAACAGCGUGAAGAAAGCAGGGCCCCACUCGCAGCCCCUGGAGCUGCUGCAGCACAAGGAAGACCACGGGGCCAAAGAGGGCAAGCAGGACGAGGGCAGGAAGGGAGACAAGCCGGGCCGCCAGGGAGACAUGCACAGGCCUCAGAGGAAGGAUUCCAAGACGGAGACCCGCUGGGGCCCGCGGCCGGGCAGCAAGAACCGCGAUGAGAUGGGGGAGAAGCCGGCCCGCCGAGCCGGCCCCAUCAAGAAGCCGGUGCUGAAGGAGCUGAAGAGAGAAGACAGCGAACAGGAGGUUGAUCGGGGGAAGCCAGCGGCCGGAGAGAAAGCUGCCGUCAAAGGGAAGGACAAACCACCGGAAUCAAGCGACCUUUCCAAGUCGGAUUCUUCCAUCAGUUUGAAGGUGAACCAGCCCGGUCCGUCUGCGGCUGCCUCCAACAAGUCCUUGCCGGGCCCUCCCGCGGCCAACUUGCAGGACGAUCGUGGGAAGGCCAAGCCUUCUGGCAAGGAGCAGCGGCCGGAGAAAAUCAAGCCGUCUAAGCCGCCCCCGAAGGACUAUGGUGGCGGGCCUCCGCCGCCGCGGCGCAACCGGGACCGCGACCACUCGUUCGAGCGCAACUUCUCUGGCCGGGGCCGAGCAAGGGGCCGGGGGGAGUUCUUCUCGCGGGGCCGGGGCUACCGCGGUGCCUACGGCGGCCGGGGGCGAGGCGGCCGGGGCCGCAGCCGGGAGUUCCGGGGCUACCGCGAGCCGGUGUACCGCGCCGACGAGGACGGCCCCAAGGGCGCCUUCCGCCCGCGCAACCCCAGCGAGACGCGCAGCGAGGGCUCGGAGUACGAGGAGAUCCCCAAGCGGCGGCGCCAGCGGGGCUCGGAGACGGGCAGUGAGACCCACGAGAGCGCCAGUGACGUGGCUCACUCCGACAAGGAGGCCUCCUCCAGCUCCAAGGAGCCGCCCAAGGAGUUCCGCAACUCCGACCAGGGCCGGGUGGACAAGAGGAACUGGUCCGAGCCGCCGCUGAAGUUUGCCGACAAAAUGCCUCCCCGUCUCAGCGACUCCACCCGCGGCAGGGUCUUCACCCCGCGGGGAGUGCCUUCCAGGAGGGGCAGAGGGGGGGUGCCGCGUGGUGGUGGUGGUGGUGGUGGCGGCGGUGGGAGUGGGGGCCGUCCCCAGCAAGGUGGCUGGGGCCCGCCUUCCAAGAUGUCCCCGCCCAAGAAGCAGCCUUCCAAGGAGCAGGUGAGGGGGCCGGAGAGCAAGCCCCCGGAGGUCCCAGCGUCAUGCAAGGAGAGCGACCGCAGCCUGGCGGACAGGCCGGCUCCGGCUGUCGACCCCGGAUGCUACCCUGAGGCUCCUCCGAUGCACCGGCUGGAGCGGCCCAUGGACCGCCCCCCUCGCCGACGGCGUCACGGACGGUCCCAGCAGCAGGACAAGCCACCCCGCUUCCGCCGGCUCAAGCAGGAGCGCGAGGUGGCUGCCAGGAUGAACGGCGAGCGCAACCCGUACCCGACCGACGAGCCGCCGCCGGCCCACCCCCCGCCCAACCCCCAGACCGAGGAGAUCAAGGAGGUGGUGCGCAGCGCCGCCGGCACCAAGUCACCGGACCUGUCCAACCAGAACUCCGACCAGGCCAACGAGGAGUGGGAGACGGCCUCCGAGAGCAGCGACUUCACCGAGAGGCGGGACAAGGACGGCGUCUUCGUGAAGGGCACCCCCGGCGGCGUCAAGUCUAUGGAUCCCAGCGCCGCCCAGAAGAAGGAGUCGUCCAAGCGUAGCUUCUCCAGCCAGAGGCCCGGCAUGGAUCGGCAGAAUCGGCGCUCGAAUCCCGGUGAUUCUGGCGGCAGGAGCAGCCGCAACAGUGCUGGAUCCAUGAGGAAUGACAAACGCAACUGGUCUUCUCCAAAGAACAGGAGGCCUGUGGAAGAACGUGGACCGCCCCUUCCUGCAGCUCUCUCUCAGAAUGCCAGCGCCGUGUUCAGAGUCGAUCGCAUCAUCCCCAGCGAUUCGGCUGCCAUCCAGCAGGCCAUCGCAGAGGUCAACAGCCGGCAGAAGGACCGCAAGCUGGUUCCCGGCAAGGCCAAGGAGAAGAGCGACAUGCUGACGCAGUUUGACCUGAAUAAUUAUGCGGGUGUGGUGAUCAUUGACGAUCACCCGACGGUCUCUGCGGACGACGCCACCAUAUCCCCCAUGAACGAUGGCUUCACCCGAGUCAUUUCCAAGCGGCAGAGGAGAAUCCUGGAUGACGAGCGGCGCAAAAAAGAGGAGCAUCUACUUCAGAAGGCAGUUAAAAUCUGUGGGAUGGAUACUCUGCAAGCUUCCUUGCCUGGUUUCCCCAAGAAGCAAUCAAAGAAGGUGACACUCUCCACCAGCAAGUCGGAAGAAAGCACCAAGGGUCAGAGUAAUGCGACUGACCUGGGAACUCGGAUCUGGAAUACCACACAUUCCGUUGGCUCCCUCACUCCUCCAACAACCACUGGACUGGCCACUUGGAUUAAACCUCUGAAUGUCUUUGCCGAGGCAGUCAGCACGGAGGCCAGCCAGACUGACAGUGGGGUGGAUUUGAGCAGCGACUGUCAGGUCUCGUCCAGCAGUUCCUCACAGCGUAGUUCUCCAGACGGCAGCCUGAAAACAGACGCCGGGGAGCGCGUUGGGCUAAUUAACCGGAUCAGCACUAAAGUGGUCGAUAUGCGAUCAUCAGACAACCAGCUCCCCGAACCCAAAGAGCAGAAACAGAGGCCUGCUAGGACAGGAGCGCUGAAAGACACCAAGUUUCAGGAGUCUGGCAGCGAAGUGGGAAAGGAGCACAAGCCCGGGCCGAUCGGCAACGAGCGUUCACUGAAGAACAAAGCGGCACGCGAGGGGCAGCACAAGGGGAGUCCUGACCGGGGCGCCAAGGCCGUUGGCUUCUCCGUGAGCAGCCGGCCAAAGUCCAAGCCCGACCCCGACUUGCUUCUGGAGACGGAGGUUGCCGUGCCCCCCAUCCAGUUUGGAGCGAGCGCAAAAGACUCUGAUUUCAGUCUGGCUGUGAACACCUUGCCCAGAUCCGCAUGUUCAUCACCCAAUACCCUGCAGAAUGCUGCCAGCAAUGAUGUGCCUUUAGCUCCCCCACUCGCAGUGGCCACCAUUGAAGCCCCACCACAGGAGAGCGAAAUGGCUCCUGCAUCUCUUCCCGGAAAUGAAUUGACUCUUAAGAUGGAAUCUGCUCGCAAAGCGUGGGAGAAGUCGCCGAGCAUCACCGAGAAGGAGGUUGCUGCGGGCGUGACCAACGCGGACAUGCCCGAGAUGACCGGCGGCUACCACUCCUUCAUCACCUCCAUCCCGGCAAUACCAGUGGCCUCGGUGGCCCCAUCCGCCACCCUCUCAGCCCCAGGAGGCCAGAUGCCACCCUGCUACUUGGAGAGUCAUUACUACGGUGGUCAGCCUCGCGGGAUGCCUCCCCCCAUCUCCCAGCACCAGGGGUUCCAGCCUGGACUCUCGCGGCCCUUAAUUUCCCUGCAGUUCCAAAAAUCUGCCGUUCAAGUGCUUGGUGGAGAUUAUGGGAACGCAAGAGACUGCAGAUACUGGAACCUUGAGCAGAAAACUGUGCCAGAAGAACACGGAGGGUCAGGCAGCAUCUGUGGAGGGAAUGGACAGGCGACGUAUCAGGCCAUGCCGACCCAGCAGAUCUCGCUUCCUCUCCACACUCCUCUCCAGGGCCAGGGCCAGGUCUCUGCUCUUGGUAUCAGACAGGGGACACCAGUUUCACAAACGCAGGACAUGUUCACCUCCCUCCAGUCUUUCAGGUCUCAACAGUUGUACCUUCAGCCUGGCCUGUCGCCACCGUCGGCAGCUAUGGUGCAAGGGUCAACGCUGAUAUCCGGGGGGCCGGUGAAGGGCCAGUAUGUUGGCUUCUCAGCCAUGCAGGCUGGGGAGGUGACAAAGGCCCCAGCGGGGCUGCCCUACCAGCAGGCAGCUUGCACUCCUCCGAUGUCCGUCAUCUACAACACCCAACUGGGCAACUCCCAGCUCAUUGACUCCCAGUUGAUACAGAUGCGACAAGGCUUGGCCCAGCCGUCUGACUUCUACACCUCGCCGCUGCAACAGCCCAGUCAAAGCAACUACUUCACAGCGCCGCCAAUGUCCAGUGGGCCGCUCCACCAGAUGUUGGUGCCCAUGCUGGGCUCCCAGCUCUCGGUGCCGGGCUUUGGAUCCAUGCAGCAGCCCCUGGUUCAGCUUCCGCAGUCUCUGCAUCAUUCCCAAGCUCAAGCCAUCCCUCCCGGAGCACCCAGACGAGUACUACACUCCGGCUUCCACACCGCAGCACCCACUCUGGGACGAGAGGUUGAAAGAAAAUACCCAGCAUUUCAUUUUAAUGUUAAUCCAGUGGAUCCUAAGGCAUUUCAUUUGGACAGGAAGAUGAAUCAGUCUCCUGGUGCACUUGGUUAUACUGUUCCUUCACAGACAAUGUUCAGGCCUGGCACUACGAGCCCCCGGGGAAAGUCGCCUGGACCUGCCCAGUGCGGCAUCAAUCCCCUGCCGUGUUUCAGAGGGAACGUGUCCCAACAGGCAAAGCAGCGGGCCGAGGUGCUGCAGAGCACCCAAAGGUUCUUCGAGCGAGUGACUCCGCGCAGCAGCAGCAGCAGCAACCCCAGCGAGCAGCAGGAGGGAGACAGCGCGCAGCCACGCAGGGGGGACAGAUCUUUGGGCAACCCCAAGCCGGCGCGGACCGGCCCCAUCAAGCCUCCGAGCACUAGGCCUCAGGAUGAGAAACUGUGACGGGCCAAGCGACGAGACUGCAGCCUCUCAAAAACUGAAGGAAUCUACAUCUCAAGGGGGUUUUAUUUGUCUGUCUCAAAGGAAUAUGGCUUUUUGUUUUAGAAAAGAAAAAAAAAAGAUGAAAUGUGACUGAUUUCAGUGGACUACACACGCGGGCCGAAUCCAGCAGCUUGAUGGCGAAGCUGAACUUGGAGAAAGGAAUAGGCAGAAGAGGCGACCCAGUCCUUUUUUAAAGAAAAGAGAUUUCUCUACCAUAACGAAGCAUUCAUCUUAUUGGUAACUAGUAAGUCCUUGUAGAUCCACUUAAUAAAUGCCAAUCCCUUAUAAGGCAUCUGCUUUCUUUGAGGGGGACUAGGCCGCGUAAAGACUAGAAUCGGUUUGGACACCACAAAAGGGUGUUUUAGAGUAAGAGGGGCCACUCAGUCGAGCAUUUGAAAAAGUAACGAGGACAGAUCGGUCCGAGCUUCUGUCUUGUCUGUGUUUCCACAAAAAAAACGGUUGUGAAUGUUUGCAAAUGGUGGUAGACGCGUACAAAUGACUAAUUCCACGGCUCUCUCGCUCUGCGGCAUCGCACUAUUUAAGAGGCACGUCUGCCUUUGAUCCGUGCAAUCUGUACGUCAACCAGCGAGAUGUCUUCCCUCACCCCCCACCCUCCAAAAUCCCAGCUGUUCCUGCAACAACAACAUGAAUAAAACGCACAAGGGCUUUUUUUGAAACUUCCCUUCGGUUGGUUUCCCUCCCCUCCCCUCCCAGAUAGACCAUCCCGGUCGGUAUUGAGUCUCAAAGCAGUGCAGGAGACGAAGGCAACAGGGUUUCCAGUCUGGGCCCACGCACGUUGCAGUUUCCAAGCCUGGGCGAUUUCGAGAAGUUGGGGGGGUUAACAUUUAGCUACAUUCUUCAGGACAACGGCAGCUGCAGGGGGACAGAUUAACUUGUGAGAUUUAAAAAUGGCCCCACUCACCCAAAGGGCGUGCAUACACCAACGGUUAGAAGCAAGCUUCACUAGCUGCCCCGUAAACUGGAUCUAGCCUGGCGUCGAAUGACGUUUUUGAAUCUCAGAUUGAUCAAAAGGUGCUUUUUCUUUGCCCCUUUCCACCACCCCCACCCCCCAAUCUCCCGACUACCGAAACGUCGUAGUGAACGAACUCACUGCGCUGGGGAGGGUAUUUUUAGCGUGACUCUGUCUGUGACAAGGCAGUCCGGCCCCCCAAGACCAGACGAUUGCAGUGUCAGAAAGGGCAGAGAGAAUGCGUAGCUAGCUGCCUGCGCUCAUUUCUGUCGCUGGCUUGCCAUGCGAGGAACCUAUAGUCUGUCCCGUGGAUGGUGGGAGGUGGCAAAGACUUUUUUGGGGGAGGGGGUUUUUUUAUAACGCUGAAGAUUUAACAGAUGGCUCCCCGUCGUGGCUAGUUACCAGAUACAGUCCCGUCUGUCACCUCUGCCUUUUCCUCUCUUUGUCUCGUGAGCCAAAGCUCACGGGAUCCAGUAUCUGCGAGAAAUUCACUAACGUUGUUUUUGGAACACUUGAGUUACAGCCAAACUUUUCGUUUUGUUUUUUUUUUUGUUUGGAGGUGUCUUUCUCCGCCCCCCUCCCCCUCCCCCCCCCCCCCCCCCCCCCCCCCCGCACUCCGACGUUCUUGCCUGAAGGAAAGGGGAGUUGUAAGCAGCUAAUAAAUUCUUCCGACUAAUCGCCUCGCUCGCUUGUUAUUGUGGGGAACGGCAGUAUGAACGCACGGGUCUGGAGUGUUGGAACGCAGGAAGUGCACAUAUUCCCGCUGUUGCUAUUUUGUAGGGAGCAGAUGGGGUUGGGAUGACAAGUGUUUGUUCAGGCUAGGCUGUACAAAAGUUGUAAAAUCCACUCGAUGUUUAACGUGAAUGACAACGACUUAGUGGCCUUGUUAGUUCAAGUCUUCAGCGGGAGAUUCGGGGCUUGAAGAAGCAAAUGGAAUUAGUUGAGGAAGCCCAUUGAUGCCUUUUUUUUGUUUGUUUGUUUGUUUGAAUUUGGCCCACGGUAAGGAGGUGGGAUAUUUUGGGGUUUUUGUACUGGUGGGGUGCGCCCUCUUUCCCCCCCCCCCACCCCCCACCGGAGACGGUGCUUGGUUCAGAUGUAGUAUCUGUUUGCGGAUACGCGGUCUUCCUCCGGCACCACCACGAGCGCCCCGUUCUCGCCGCGCGGCUCGGCGUAGUUAAAGAACCGGCCACGGCGGAGGGCAGGCCAGAACCGCUCGUCAAAAGGCGAGAUGAACGCUUUGGUUCUCCUCCUCAUACAGUGACUCGGAAUCGCCACCUACCAGUCGGUCAAGCUCAGAGAAGGGACACAAACUGCCGCCAACUUCAAACAUUGUGCAAGUUUUCAAAGACUUUUUUUUCUUCUUAAGGGGUUUUUCUCCCCGGUGUUCCUCAUUUUAUCUCCCCCCCUCCCCCACCUGCUCUGAGUCUUCCACCGAGUGAUGGAGGGGGAGGGGGGGGUGUCGGCCUCCAGGUUUUGUCGAGGCCCUCGGCUUGUGACUUAUUCCCCUUGCCCCUCAGUCUCGGGGGAACCCUGGGCCUGUUCACGCAACACCCCCCCGCCCAAUUCCGGGGGGGGGUGGGGUAGUGUUCACCGUCCACAGUUUCUCGCUUCCACCCCCACCCGCUUCCCACAUCCAACCCUCCGCCCCAAGAUUCCACAGGUAAGUCGGCAAAGUUUGGAGAAGCGGCCACAACGUCCAAUGUCCAUUGGGUUGGCAGUAACCACUGUGCGAACUGCCUGCCUCCAAGUGUCCAGAAAGAAGAACUCGAAUGUCCAGACAUCGUUCAUCCAAGGGCAGCAUCUCGACCCAUUUUGCGCCAGUCUUUUUUUUUUGGCAGACCAUUAAAAAAAAAACUUCCUCCACUCCCGCUUGGGACUUGCAAAUUCCUUGCUUCACCACUGCAUUUGUGCCAGCCAAGUCUUCAUCGUUUAAAACUGGUCCAUGGUUAAGGCACCACAAACGCAAGCCACCCUUUCAUAGAGUAACGCCAUCCGUGGAAUUAGACACUUUGCCAUGCGGACAUGUUGAGCCAACAGGUAAGGAGGGCAGGAUUGUCACACCUGAGCCACCCCUCCCACCCUACGGAAUAAUUUCCAGUCCUUGGGAAGAGCAGCCAGUUAGAGGAUUGAGAUUAUUAACAAUUUGGUCGGACUGAUUUAUUCGAGGUUUGAAUGCACGGCUCCUGACUGCGCUGCCCGCCAUCUCCUGAGCCAUCAACGUUGGUGGAAGCACAGGCACGAUCAUGUGGACCAGCAAGACUCGGGCAGCGCCGCCAGGGAACAAGUUGCAAGGGGGAUGUUACUCUUUUCUUUAAUACAUAUGUGUGUGUGUGUGAAGAAAGCCACAAAAACAACUUUUGUACCGACCUACCACUAUUUUUAAACCUUUCAUGUUCAAAAGUGAAUUUAAAAAAUUUGCAGGGGGGAGGGAGGAAUUGCAAGCACAGGGGGGAGAGAUGGGGGAGAAAAAACAAAUCCUUUUGGUGAUUGUGUGUGACCUCAUUUGUGAUGGGCCAGAAUUGUUCUGUGAUAAGGUUCGCUCGUUGAGAAGCUCUCUGCCUGCCGUAUUGUUUGCCUGGCCCCAGUUUCAUGUACUGUCACACUGUAAUUUAUAAUGUCCCUAAUAAAAGUGGCUGUUUCCAGGGCUGCAGCAAA